AUGACUGAACAAAAUGGUGACAGCCGCAUCCCAGUAACCGACCACAGCUCAAGUAUGAGUGACGGCACUGAAGAACCUGAUUACACCUGUGAAAGCCUGGCUCUGAAUUCAGCCAUUUACAGCAUGGGCUUCAUCAAAGGAUCUACUGAAGGUGAAAAUAAUCAUCAGAUUCAGAAUGAGGAUAAAUAUGGAUUCAAUCAAAGUAUCUGCAAUGAGAAAGAGGCCAGGCGUUACCCUUUACCCAGUGAUUACAGAGAGGACUGCGAGUCAUCUGGCUCUCGUGCUGAAAUGGACCCUUUUGGGAACUUUACAGGAGUGAAAAAACACGAGGGAAAUGAAGCCAGAUUGCAGAAUGAUGUGAGAGAAAAUGCAGAUGUCUGCAAUAGAGAAGCAAAAGCCCAAGUUAACAAGGAGGACUUCAUGCAUAAUGACAGCUCUGCCGCAGCUGAGACAAAACUAUGUCUCCUCUCCACCCACCACAUCCAGAAUAUACGACGUCUCUUCUCUACCCAGCACAACCAGAAGAUACUACGUCUCCUCUCCACCCACCACAACCAGAAGAUACCACGUCUCCUCUCCACCCACAACCAAAAGAUACCACGUCUCCUCUCCACCCACAACCAAAAGAUACCACGUCUCCUCUCCACCCACAACCAGAAGAUACCACGUCUCCUCUACACCCACAACCAGAAGAUACCACGUCUCCUCUCCACCCACCACAACCAAAAGAUACCAUGUCUCCUCUCCACCCACCACAACCAGAAGAUACUACGUCUCCUCUCCACCCACAACCAAAAGAUACCACAUCUCCUCUCCACCCACCACAACCAGAAGAUACUACGUCUCCUCUCCACCCACAACCAGAAGAUACUACGUCUCCUCUCCACUCACCACAACCAGAAGAUACCACGUCUCCUCUACACCCACAACCAGAAGAUACCACGUCUCCUCUCCACCCACAACCAAAAGAUACUACGUCUCCUCUCCACCCACCACAACCAGAAGAUACUACGUCUCCUCUCCACCCACCACAACCAGAAGAUACCACGUCUCCUCUCCACCCACAACCAAAAGAUACCACGUCUCCUCUCCACCCACCACAACCAGAAGAUACCACGUCUCCUCUCCACCCACAACCAGAAGAUACUACGUCUCCUCUCCACUCACCACAACCAGAAGAUACCACGUCUCCUCUACACCCACAACCAGAAGAUACCACGUCUCCUCUCCACCCACCACAACCAGAAGAUACUAUGUCUCCUCUCCACCCACAACCAGAAGAUACCACGUCUCCUCUCCACACACCACAGCCAGAAGAUACCACGUCUCCUCUCCACCCACUACAACCAGAAGAUACCACGUCUCCUCUCCACCCAACACAACCAGAGAAUACCAGGUUUCCUCUCCACCCACCACAACAAGAAGAUUUCCUCCUGAGGACUGCUGAAUACGUCAGGAAUGCUACUUUGGAGCUCUCUUGUCAUUUUGAUGCUCAAAAUGGAACCCAACUCAAAGGUGAAUAUGAGGACACCUGUCAGUUAUCGGUGGAACAGUGCAGCUGCACAACAGAGGAACAUGACUCAAGCAGCCAGGGGAUCCAUCAUUGGGAGCCACUUCUCAGCAGCACUCCUGUCCAUGAAGAGAGUUAUGAUGCUGAAGAGGGAAGCAAAGUAAGUUCUGACACAGCAAAACACCUUUGUGAGGAAUGGGACCCAGCUGGCCAGGUUUCUACCAUUAAAGACUAUCUAAAGACACAUGAAACUGUUAGUUUGCCAUCUGAGUGUGCAGUUCUGAAUGGGAUAAUGGAGGAAAACGGUGACAGUGUUACAGAAGCUGACCUGCAUGUCAAGUCAGUGAACAAGGAACUUGGAAUGAUAACUCGCUGUGACAUUCUAAGCACAGGGGUCAUAGGUGCAAUGACUGGUGAGUGGAUCAACAACUGGGCCGAAGGAGAACUCUGCAAAAUUGCAGACAUACCAAUACUCCACCUUCCUGUAGAAGCUACACCUGGAACUGUUCUCUUGCAGGCUGCCAAGGAGGGUCCAGCAGUUGAUCACACCGACGGAACCAAAGCACUACUCAAGAUUGAAAACAAUAAUGUGGUCCCUUUCACCUCAGUACCCAACGAUGCUGUCGUCCCAGGAUCAGAUUCUAACCCAGAGGAUGACACAGUACGGGACCGAGAGGAGGACCAAUCAGCCUCAGUCAUGCCAUCUGUGGCACACAUCCUCUCUGACUGUGUGCCAGUUGGGUUUGACACGUUUGAAAAGAUCCAGCUCUCUCCCCUUGACAGCAAUGGCCUGGAGCACAGCCCUCUCCUCAGCAGCUCGCCCAGUCAAACAUUUAAAACUGAGUUCCAACACCACGGUGCUGGUGGCACUAUGCACUCAGGAGUGAGUGAUGAAGAGGACAUAGCAGAGGAAGAAGAGGACCAGUGCCAAGAGGAAGCUGAGAGGGGCUUUUUCCACUGUGAAAACACCAGGUUUAAUGAAGUCCCUAUCCCCGACUUUAUCUCACCCCAAAUCUCUCCAUCAUUGAGUCCGGAAAUGCCUUGCCAGACUUCUACUCUUCUCUGUGGAACUUCUCAGUGUGAUUCUCCCCCUCAGGCAAAACUCCCCUAUCUCACCUCUGACAAAAACAUCCAUCCGGUCUCUGAAAGCCACGACUUCCCAGAGUUUGAAAUAAAGGAGAGGUUCGACAUGGUCAUGGAAGAGCUCAGUUUGUAUUUCGAGAUCAGUGACGAGGCAGGUUAUCAAUCAUCCGAAAGAGCAACGUCUGAACUGUGCAGCGUCAGGGAUCCUGGAGCUGAGAAGGACAACACUGAUUUAAUGACAUGGAGCAGUAGUGACCGUCCAAGCAGCCAGGAUGCAGUGGAAGAGGAACCACGUGGAAGCACAUCAAUGAGAGAUGAUGACCACGGUCUGAAAACAUAUCAAGCAGAACCAGAAACUACAUGUACCACUGGGGGCCUUGACUGUGAGCAGGAGGUGCCUCUUGAAUGCAGCCAUCACGGCACAGAGGGAGAGGACUCCAUGUACUCUUCAGUCAAGCACAAAGAUCACCCCAGGGGGCAAGGAGCAGACGAGAAAUGCAAGCUGUGGUCUCCUGCGUUCAUGUUUCUCCCAUGCCUGGACCAGUUAAACCAAAGAAAGCCUGAGCAGCCCAAGAGAUUGGAGCCUCUGAAAACAUGCACACGUCCCAUCAGGGUUGGACUCUCCAAGAAGGCUAAGACUAAACAACUUCACCCCUACUCCAAGUGAGCACUUGAUGAAAUGUAUUUAUGCAGGAUAUGUUACCUUAUUUUAUUUAAACUUCAUUUACACAGGGAAGUUCACAUUGAGACCCAGGUCUCUUUUACAAGUGAGCCCUCAACACAGUAGUAUAGUAUUUCUGGGUUUAACUACAGCUCUAUGCUAUGCUAUUGAAAGUAUAAGAGAUUAUUUAUUGCCUUACUUCAAAUGAGAAAAUGAGCCCUCACGUAAUAUAUUUACAGUGCAUUCGGAAAGUAUUCAGACCCCUUGACCUUUUCCACAUUUCUUUACGUUACAGGCUUAUU